CUAAAAGGAGGACCUUCAGAGCAGCUCAUGUGUUGAUUCAUUCCAGUUGGUGUCACAACACAGUUGCCUCUGUGCAAAGCAAGAGCUGCGCUGCUUGUGUGUGUGAAAACACUCUGCAAACAUGGCUGCUAAAAUCCAGAGACUGACCGAGGACGAGAGAGCUCACCUUCUGCCACUUCUGCAGAAUGCCCAAUGGGUGGCAGUGGCUGGACGGGACGCCAUCUACAAAGAGUUUGUUUUUAAAGAUUUUAACCAGGCCUUUGGCUUCAUGUCCAGAGUGGCACUGCAAGCAGAGAAGAUGGACCAUCAUCCUGAGUGGUUCAACGUUUACAAUAAGGUUCAGAUCACCCUGAGCACACAUGACUGUGGGGGGUUGUCCCAGCGGGACAUAACUUUGGCCACUUUCAUUGACCAAGCCUCUCUGAUGUGACCAGAAGCUGGAGAAGCUCUACACAUUCCACUGAUAUCACAACAACGUGUGCCUGAAACACCCAAAGAACACAGAUCAUUUACUUCCAGUCGUGUUCAACAGUGCUGUGUGUGUUUAAAAUGUUCUGGUGGUGCUUUUGCACUUGUUGAAAUACAGUAAUUGUUGUCCUUGUGUCUGUAAACCUUCAGGGAUUAUUGUAUUAAGUACUUAUUUUUCAGUGAUACACAGGUCAAAAUGGCUGAGGUGGGAUUGAGAAAAACACUUGACACUCACUUUGAAUAUUAGGCUAUGUUCACACUGCAGGUCAAUUCAGAUUGUUUUGCUCAAACGUGACCUGUAUCAGAUUUUUUUCACGUCAGUGUGAGCAGUACAGUUCCGUUUCUUUUUCAAAAGUGACCUGGUUGGACCUAUAUUUUGCCAUGCGAGAGUUUUUGGAAAGGUACUCACAGAUGUAAGCAACAGUUCACGUCAGUGUCUCCCGACAUUCACUCACACGUUCCUAGGAACAGACGUCUCAGCGAGUUUCACCGCAAACUGUCAUAGCCAGAAUUCUUGCCCUUUUCCUUCUUAAUCUUCUCCAUGCAAUUUGGUUGACAAAAUCCUUGAAAUUGCCACAAAUGCGCCAGGACAAACCACCAAUUGUGGACGCUUACUUCCGUAAACACAGUUUGAUCCAUGUGACGUCGGUUUCUUGAGCAUGCGCAUCACUUCCUGGAUGCGUUGGGUUCACACUUUACACAAAUGUGGUAUGUCGCAAUUUUUUGGUAACGUGAACGACAACAUAAAGAAUCCGAAUUGGGCAUCAUACCUUGCAGUGUAAACGUAGCCUUAGUGACUGACACGUUUCCAAAGUGUUUUGUAGUAAAAUUAUGUAAUUGUAAAAUGUGUAUUCCCUCUCAUUUUGGUGAUUUAAACAAAACUUAUUUGAACUGAAACAUGAGCCAACCAUGAGUAUAUGUAUUUUAUUGAAAACAGAACACUAAAGAUUUAAACAGUAAACUUUCAAAUUGAAAACAUGUAAAAUGUUAAUUUGGACUAGUAGACAGUAGAAACCAUGCGAUGCUAUUUGAUGUGCUCAAAUGUCCAUAGACAUUUUGAAUGAAACUAAUGAGCACAUAUAUGGACAUCAGUGACGUUUGGUACACGUCUGAAUCCCUGAGGAUGUUAAGAUGAAAUAAAAGUAGUAUGAUGACAAACUUCUGAAGGCACAGAGUCGAACACUCGCUAUUGGUACAAUACUAGAACACAACACAUUGUUUGUUGCCAUCGUCUUUGAACCAGGCACAAACUGAAUAAACCCUGAUAGGUGCAGCCCAGACUUGGAAAAACAUUCAUCUUUUUCAUUUUUUAAACACUAUUGAACAAACAAUGUAAGAAGAGAAGCACCCAGCGGUCACACAAUGGGUAAAAGGACAUGAACAAGGUCUGAUAUGCUUCUUAUUAGUCCUAAUUGCUUGUUAACCAUUAUGAGCAGAUCACUUCCCAUGAGAAACGGGUAUUGCACUAAGAGAGAAAUAAUGCCAUGUGUAUACAACAUGGUCCUUUAGAGCGCAGAGGUGAAAAUGCCUUGUCUUGUCAAUCAGUAACCUCAAUCGUGGCGGGUCUCUAUCAUUUUUUCCCCACAUCAUAAGAUAACUCAAAUGCCCUGACAGUGUUAAAGUUUAACAGGAGUCGACGUUUGAAAAUAGAAGCCAACAAUUGCUUUGUUAAGUUGUACUGACAGUAGAAGUAGAAAGUGAGGUAGAUUGAAUUAGCACACAAAGAAAUAUGGGGCACUCACGUCAAUGAUUUAAAAAAAUGUGAUUUAGUGAUAUACAGUGGAUCCCCGCACAUUCACGAUUCAGCCCUGCAAAUAUUUGGUCUAAGUAUAUGUUCUAUUUUUUUUUCUCCAAAAAUAGGCCCUUAUUCCUGCAGAAAACGCAUCUCAUCACUCCGAAGUCGGUAAUAAUUUAUAAAUAUGCGAUAAUACAGUUCAAAUGUUCCGCAAACACAUACCACUGUAAAAAAAAAAAAAAAAAAAAAAAAAAAAAAAAACGCCUAGAAUUUUUACAUGGUUAUGUCUUUAUGCUUGACUGAUAAUGUUUUUUCGUCAAGCAUUGGAAUAUCGCACUUUGUUUGGCAUUCCUUGAACACACCACUGUUGCUGCAAGACACAAAAGUGAAACUUAUAUACAGUGAUCCCUUGUUUAUCGCAGUUAAUUGGUUCCAGAGCAGACUAUUAUAAGUGAAUUUCCACGCUAAGUAGGAUUCCUUAUUUAUAAAUUGAAUAUUUUUGUAAUCAGACCAUAGAAAGCCUGUUUAUGACCUUACAAAUACUGUUUUUUUUUAACAUUAUUAGAGCCCUCUAGACAUGAAAUAACACCUCUAUAGUCACCUUUACACUCGUAUUACCCAAUACAGUAGACAUAAUAACAAUAAAUAAGCCAUUUAUGACAUCAAUAAGACUUGUGUUUGUGUGUGUUGCUGUCAAUGUGUUCCGUUGCUAGUAGGGGAGCAGAAUGGGGGGGCAGACAGGAAGUGACGUCGGGGAUUCAGAGUUGAGUUUUAGCUUGCCAUGGGUUACGGCCGCAACAGUAGCUCAUCUUAGGGAUUAUUGUGCCUGUUGUGAGAUACUUCAAACAUGCAAUGAAAGAUGUUGUUCCGGCCAUCAAGCCUGGUGCGUGCAUCUCACUGAACUUUAACCUUACUGAUACCGAGUGACCAGUAUAGAAUACAACAUCACAGCGUCUUUGAAUGGAUCUUCUGAAAGCCUUAUAUUUGUAUUUUAGUUCAUUUAGCCAUUUCUAUGCUUGAAAAUGCUUAAUUUAGGCCAAAAAAGUAACACUGGCUAAAUAUGCAUUUUUUUAAAUCACAAAACAGCAUGAGUUAUUAAUUAAAAACCGUGAUAGAGUGAAGGCAUGAAAUUUGAAGCACAAAGUGGCAAGGGAUUACUGUAUAACGUCUACACCGUGACUGAUUUGUUCAUAUGUCAUCUUACAUUUUCAUUCAUGAGUAGUGAGUACUAAAAAAUUUUAUCAUUAAAAUGUCUUAUAAGUGUGUGAGGCAUAUUUUGGACUUAAACUUGGAUUGUCUUUUCUGGAUUGAAGAGAGAAGGGGAAGGUUGUGGAUCGGAAGCUAAUCUAAUAAUUACGACAACCGCUUUUAUUGCAAAUGCUGAUCCAAAAUCGGAGGAGAACGUCAACAUCGAGCGAGCAGGACGAUUUGAAGAAGGAGGGGCAAGCCGUGUGUCAAAACCAGACAUUUUUAUGAGCGUUUCAGUUACUUGGAAGAUUUUUGCCAUUUGCUGGUGGUCCCGAAACGUAACCCCAAUAAAGAGCAGGGAUCUACUGUAGUCACAAGGUUGUCUUAAAUGGGGGAAAAAUAACCGAUACAGCUGAUAAGCUUUGGCUAACACUAGCUGUUGGAACGUUUUCAAAGUACUUUCUCUGAUAUAUCAUGUGAUAUAAAAAACAAAAAAAAUCCCAUAUUUGAAAGUAUUCUCCUGCUGUCUACAAGUCCUGCACUAACUAGAAAAGGAGCACAAAAGCAGAUCAAUAGAAAGUAAUUACAACAAGUGCGAAAACAAGAACUUAAGUGUACAGGAUGACAGAGUGGUUUAAAUAUGCACCUGAAUUGUGUUUUUACGUGAGAAAUGAUGUAUGAGAUGUCAGGAGUUCCACAACCAGUCUUGAGUAGCUUGUUCCGGUCUCAGUGGUCUGUUUUUCUUUACUCCUUAUUUUCUGCUGAGUCAUCAGAGAAUGUGAAACUGAAAUGUUCUGACAUUAAAAACUAAAUAAAUGUUUGCUAUGCAGAUUAGGUGAACUUGAAAUGACUAACGACACACAUCGACUAUAUUAUUUUCAAAUGAA